AUGAUUGCCCUCUGGCCUGGAGGAGAAACCCAGGAGACUACUUCGAGUCAACUUGGCAUAGGACAGACACGACAGAGCAGUGAGAACCUGGGCAAGUUAACCUCAGAAACCACCCUGAUAAACCCUGAAGUGAAAUCUGCAAAGUCCAUGCGAGGGAGCAUGCUGUUUUCCAAAAACAGGUCAGAGCAUGGCUCUGGGUCUCAGAAGCAGCAUCACCAGCAUCCGCCUGAAACGCCGCAGAUUUCCUCCAGUCCUCUCCCCUCGGGACCCACACCGCGCAGGCUUAGUGUCAGCACCAGCAUCGGAGGCGAGACCGGGCUCCUGAGCUGUGUGCUCCCUGAGGAAAUGCUCGUUCAGAUCCUGGCCGAGCGCUUACAGCUGAGUGACUGCAGCCUGGGAGUGGUGUUUGACAGCCUCGACACACUCUUUGCUCGGAACGCGGCCAUUGCUCUCCUCUGCCUGCUGAAGGCCAUUGGCAACAGGGAGCACAUCUACGUCCUCAACAUGCCCCAGGAUUACACAGGCAUGAAGGCCCAGGAGAAAGCCAAAAAGGAGCAAGAAGAGCAGAAACAGAGGGAGGCGCUUGAAAAAGAGAAGGAGCGUCUCCAAAAUAUGGAUGAGGAAGAAUAUGAUGCCUUGACAGAGGAGGAGAAAAUCGCCUUCAAUCGAGAGGUUCAGCAGGCCCUGCGGGAGAGGAAGAAGAGGGAGCUGGAGAGAUUGGCAAGAGAGUUGCAUGAAAAGAAGCUACAACAGGAGCUUGAGCGGCAAAAGGAAGAAGAUGAGCAAAAAAAGAAGACGAGAAAGACAAAGCAAUUAGCACCAAAGGAGGAGCCAGCCCUGAAGAAGUCUCAGCCCAGCCGGCAGACUCUUACCUUUUCCAGACUAGAAGGCAAGAUGGACUUGGUAGAACCAAAAACUUCUGAGAAGGACCAGGGAAUGGCUGAGAAGGACGAACUGAGCAAGAAGAAAAAGAACCAGGUGGCAGAUAACAACGUCGCCCUCGGGUUUUCCCUGGUCCAGGAUCAGGAGGACAGCGAUGGGGACCUCCAGAAGGAAGCUGACAAGCCUCUGGCCCAGAGGUUUAAGACCUAUGAGCUGACUCUGAAGGAUAUCCAGAACCUCCUCAUGUACUGGGACCGGAAGCUAGGCAUCCAAGUGCCUCACAUGGGGGCUGAGGACCUGGCCCACGAGCCCGAAGACCAGCGCCAGGUCCCCUCGGGUGGGCGCAAAGGCCGCAAGGACCGGGAGAGGGAGCGCGCUGAGAAGGAGCGAGCGGAGAGGGAGCGCCUGGAGCGGGAGAGGGCCGAGCGGGAGCGGCUGGAGAGGCUCCGGGCGCUGGAGGAGCAGCCGGAUGGAGGAGAGGUGGACAGGGAGGAGGACCACGAAGGGAAGAGGGAUCUGGGUGUGCCAUUCAUCAAUAUCCAGACACCCGACCUUGACGGCUCCACCUGGAAGCAGGCCCUGGAGAAUGACAAGCUUCCCAAAGGGGAUCAGAUCCUGGACUACUUGGGCCUGGGCUCCUCUGGGCUGCCCAUCCCGCCUCCAGUCUUAUUCUCCAUAAUCCCCUACCCUCUGAAGCGGCUGCCGUUGGCCCCAACGGAAAUCAUGAAGCAUUUUAUGUUUCUCAUCCCACUCUCCGAAGAGCUGGCCCUGCUGGAGGAGAAAAGAGAGGCGGAAUCAGAAGUAGACCUUUCGACGACCACCACCACCACGAGCUCCGCGAAGGAGGAGCCGAACACUUUGUCUAAAGGGAACAAGCAGAAACCGAAAGAAAAAAUAACAGACCAGGUUCGGGAUACUCUGAAGGACAAACGCCGCAUCGCCUUCAACAGGAAGGGCCUUUCUGGGGCCAUUUCUGGCACCGUUUCCCCCCUGUCAGACAUGGACCAGAACAACUUGUCUGGGCAGCACUCCCAGGACAAAUUCAUCAGGUUGAAUCAUUUCCGGUGGAUUGUGCCGGCCAAUGGCGAGGUGUCGUUGAGAAUACAGUUCUCUGCUACUGAUCUCGGGAACUAUGACCAGACGUUCAACUUUGAGAUCCUUGGAACUUGCCGCCAGUACCAGCUUUAUUGCCGUGGUGUUUGCGCUUAUCCAUACAUUUGCCAAGACCCAAAAGUGGUAUUCCCUCAGCGGAAGAUGGACAUGAAAGCAGAUGAGAUCGUCUUUAAGAAGUACAUUAUAAGCACGGACACGUUUUACUUUGGGCCACUGCUUUGUGGAAAAUCAAGAGAUAAGUAUAGGUCAUCUUUGUUCCCAGGCAACAUGGAGACACUGACAAUCCUGAACAAUUCCCCAAUGGUCACGGAGGUGUUCUUCUGUUUCCAGAAUGAUGUCAAAGCAAAUACCUACUUCCUGGAACCCCUGAACAUGAUUCUCAAACCCAAUGAGAAGCAGAUACUGACCGUGUGGGCCUACCCCACUGCAGUUGGUAUCUUUGAAGACAGCAUAGUCUGCUGCAUCAAGGAGAACCCGGAACCAGCCAUCUUCAAAUUAAGCUGCGAGGGGGUCCGCCCAGAACUGGAUGUGGAACCCAGGCAAUUGCAUUUUGACCGGCUUCUGCUGCACAGAAAAGAGUCCAAAGUAGUUCUUUUCCACAACGUCACGGCCCUGCCCGUGGCCUGGAGGAUCACCAGCCUGGAGCACCUGGGCGAGGACUUCUCCGUGUCCAUGCUGCAGGGCACCAUCCCCCCCAAGGCUGACUAUAGCCUGCAAGUGCACUUCCAACCCUCCAAACCCAUCAACAUCAAGAAGGCGUUUCGGUUGGAGAUUUUGGACCCAGACAAUCUUGUUGGAGUUGUUCAGAUUGAAAACAUCAUGAUCAUUGCAGAGUCCUACGACAUGGCCUUGGACAUCACCUUCCCCAAAGGAGCUGAAGGAGGCCUUGAUUUUGGGACCGUGAGAGUCCUGGAGGAGGUGAAGCAGCCCCUGCAACUGAAGAACCGUGGGAAAUAUGAGAUCAUGUUCAGCUUUUCUGUGGACUCUGUAGGCAUUACAUCCACCAAUAUAAAUUCUAUGAUCUCAGUCCAACCCAGGAAGGGCUCAAUGUCCACAACAGAUAAGCCCACAAAUGUCCAGGUGUUCUUCCGCGCAAAAAAGGAAGUGAAGAUAGAGCAACAGCCAAUCCUGCGCUGUCAGAUCAUUGAGCCCAAUAUGACAGACGGGACUGAAAUCAUUGCCAGCAUCCCAAUUAGGCUUUCUGUGAAUGCAGUGUUCUCCAAAUACAACAUCAGCCCCUCCUCCAUCAUCAACUUUGGGGCUCUGAUCUGUGGCACUCGUAAAAGCACCACCUUCACCAUAGAAAAUCAAGGUGUUACUGACUUCAAGUAUAACCUCUACAGGAUGACAGGGGAGAGCUCCAUUCCCCAAAAGAAAGCUGUCAGCCACACAAGGACUUUAAGAUCCCGGGAAAGCGAGAACUUCUACAAGGCUACCCCUUCCAGAGCAGCCAAGUUCUCAGAAACUGUUCAGAAAGAAAUAAACAUCACUAGCCAGGCUCGCUACAGCCACGGCAUGUUCUCCGUGUACCCUGGGUUUGGCUCCAUCUCUGCCGGAGGCAUACAGACCCUCACCGUUGACUGCGUGGCUGACCCUGUGGGGAAGUGUGAGGAGUUUAUGGCGAUCGAUAUCUCUGACCGGGACCCCAGAGACCACCCUGGUGGCAUUCCUUACAGCCUGUUGGCAGAAGCCUGUCUACCAGCCUUCGUGACGGACAACAACGCCUCCAUAUUUGAGGAGCACCAGAUCUGCAACAGUACCAACCUGUACAGCAUCCUGCAGACCACAGAGAGCAAGGGGCUGUUUGUGGAGGAUGAGAACAAGUUCAUGUUCAGCCAUGUCAUGGUGGGCCAUCAGGCCAAGGCUCGGUUCAAGAUGAGCAAUGUGGGGAAGAUCUCCUGCGAUGUGACCAUUGUGGUUAAGCCUGUCUCCAACAAGGCCACUGCCCGCAUCAUUGACAUCUUUGAAGUGGAACCCAACAAGAUGUGUAUUGCCAGUCGUUCACAUGCCUUUGCCACGGUGACCUUCACCCCCCAGACCAUGCAGUCGUACCAGUGUAUCUUCGAGGCGACCUUGGAUGGCGUGCCCAGCAUCCAGACCAAGAACCGAAGCCUCACGUUUGAUAUCGUGGGAGAGGGGACCCUCCCUCGGGUGACCAUCGUGCGGCCAAUUCUCCACAACCAGUAUGGAAACCUCUUGCUCCUCUUUAAGAGGCUUCUUCUUGGCCAUUCAGAGAAACUCCCUCUCGUCCUCAAGAACAAUGGCAAUAUCCCUGCCCAGCUGCAUGUUGACCUGCAGGACCAACUAGAAGUCUUUUCCCUGAAAGGGAGGCCCACGACCUCCUACAUCUACAUCAUAGAGGAAAACAAAGCCCAUGCAAAAGCAAAGAAAGCUCACACGGCCUCCCUGGUGGUUCUUCCCGGAGAGACAGCCGAAUUUGAUGUUGUUUUCCAAGCCCGAAAUGUCGGGAGAAUGACAGGCACCAUCCACUUGUCAGUGCGCAACAAUCAGUACGAGGACACGAUCAUCCGCCUGGUGGGAGAAGGCUACGAGGAUGACAUCACUUUGGACAACGUCCACGGGCUGGUGGCUCCCACCAGCGGGGAGGCCCUCGACAUGUCCGAGGUCACCGAGGACGUAUCUAUGGAAAACUUGGUGGCAGCUGCUCUGGUGGACCACAUUCAGUUUGGGGACUGCCACCUUGGAAGCAGCUAUAGCGUGAGCUUCACAGUCACUAACCACAGCCAAGUGAAUGUGAUUCGGUUUGAAUGGCCCUCGUUAGCUACAAUUACCUUUGCCCCACAGACUGGCCACCUCCACCCUGGGUGUGCCAAGGACAUCGUGAUGACCCUGAAGUCAGACAUACCCAUCAACAUGAAGAAUAUGGACAUCAAGUGCAAGGUCUCCAAGAUCAUGUUUCAGCAACCUGCAGACCAGGUCCCUGACUGGGACGACCGCAUGCGCACAGUCAAAUGGGUGGACAUGCCCAGAAACAUGCCCGGGACUUUCACUACAAAACGAAAAGUGAUAGAGACGGACCCCGAGCCUGCGCACUCAGUGCUGGAAGAGCACUACCGAGAGCUGAUGCUGCAGAUCAGCGCCAACGUGAACUUCGCAUCCUACCAGUGCCAGACGAGCGAUGUGCACUUUAAGGACACGCUGGUUUACCAGUCCCGAGUGUUUCAGUUGGAGCUGGUUAACACAGGAAGUGUGCAGCUGGAAUUCAGCUGGAUCUUGGAAGAGACAGCGAAGACUGUCAGCUUUGCAAUGCCAGAAAACCAAGGUUCUCAAAAAGAUCAGCUGAGCCAGGGCAGCACCGCGGACAGCGCCGUGGACCACUGGACUGAACCUUCCCCACUGUCCUUCUCUGUGGAUCCCGUCUCCGGCGUUGUGCCCGUGGGGAAGGCUGAGAAGAUCCAAGUGAAAUUCUCCCCAUUGGAGGCUGGAGACUUCGAGAGCACUAUUAUCUGCCAGAUUCCCAACCUACUACCUGGAGAGCAAGGCCCAGUCAUAUCAGCAAAAGGACGGAGCUUCUUGCCCAUCUGCCACUUUGAACUGAAAGAGUCGGACUACAUCACUGCUCAUCGGCACAACCCGGAUCUCCGAGGGCCUGGUGGUGGGCCUCUGGACCCAAACACCCGGGUGAUCGAGUUCACCAGUGUGGGCAUAGGAGGGAAGAAUCUCCGGACGUUCACCAUCCUGAACCCGACCGCUAGCAUCUACUGCUUCCGCUGGGUCUCUGAAGAAAUGGAAAGUCUCCAGAACCCUUCAGCCUUCACCUGCCUCACAGAGAAGGGCUGCAUCCACCCUGAAAAGAAAGCCGAGAUUAUCUUCCAGUUCACGCCUUUGCAUCUGAAAAUCACAGAAGCGUUCUGGACUUUCUCAGUCCCCGAGCACAACAUCACAGUCCCUUUCCUGCUGGUAGGCAAAGCCUCUGACCCCCUGGUCAAUCUGGACAAGUCACACAUCAACUUCAGCUGUCUCCUCAUUGGCCGAGAAGUCCGGGAGACCGUGCAGAUCAUCAACAGGGAGGAGCAGGGCUUCAGUUUUGCCUUCCAGGACAACUCCCGGUAUUCUGAAGGUUUCAACGAAAGCCUGGUCGUGAGUCCCAUGGAAGGCUGGCUCCCACCGAUGUCCAGGUUACAAAUUGACAUUCUCUUCACACCAAAGCAAGAAGGAGAUGUGAACUUUAAUUUGAUCUGCAAUGUGAAAAGGAAAGCACACCCUUUGACCUUAAAUGUCAAGGCUGAGGGCUACACUAUGAAUGCGGAGAUCAAGUGCAAAGACAGGACUGGCUUACUCACUCUCUUGACUCCCAGUCAGACCACCAUUGUCAACUUCUAUGAGGUGGAGCUGAAUGAGUGUGUCCAGUGUGAGUUCACCUUUAUCAACGCUGGGAAGUUCAACUUCAGCUUCCAGGCAGAGCUCUCCGGCCCCAAAGCCCUGGUGCAGUACUUCGAGUUCUCACCCAUGGAGGGCAGCGUGGAUGUGGGGCAGAGUACACCCGCCAGCCUGUCCUUCCAACCAUUUAAGAAAUGUGUCUUGAAGGGCCUGGAACUCAGAAUCAAGAUAAGCCACGGUCCGACAUUUACGUGCAGCAUCUCAGGCUCUGCCGUGAACCCUGCUGUCCAUUUCUCAUUCACCAGCCACAACUUUGGGACCUGCUUCAUCUACCAAGCCGGGAUGCCCCCAUACAAACAGACCCUGGUUAUCACCAACAAGGAGGAAACGGCUAUGAGCAUAGAUUGUUUGUACACCAAUACCACCUACCUCGAGGUGAGCUUCCGUGCGGAUGUGAUAAAGCCAGGAAAGUCAAUGGAGAUUCCAAUCACCUUUUAUCCUCGAGAAAGUAUCAGUUAUCGAGAACUCAUCCCCUUUGAAAUCAACGGGCUCUCCCAACAAGUAGUUGAAAUCAAAGGGAAAGGCACCGAAAUGAAGAUUUUAGUCCUAGAUCCAGCCAAUAGGAUCUUGAAGUUAGGAGCUGCCCAGCCAGGGCAGGUGGUGAAAAAAACGGUUUCCAUCAUGAACAACAGCCAAGCCCCGGUCACAUUUAGCCAGUCGGUCCUGUUCUCGACUCCAGAACUCCGGGAGCCUAAGGUCAUCACCCUGGUCCCCUUCAACAACAUCACGCUGAAGCCCAAAGAAGUCCGAAAGCUGGAGAUCAUCUUUGCCCCGAAGAAGCGUGUCCCCCUCUUCUCCGAGGAAGUGUUCAUGGAGAGCAUGGGGCUCCUGCGCCCCCUCUUCCUGCUCAGCGGCUGCUGCCAAGCCCUGGAGGUCUCCCUGGACCAGCAGCAUAUUCCCUUUGGACCAGUCGUGCAUCAGACAAAAGCCACCCGCCGCAUCCUCAUGCUGAACACGGGCGACGUCGGUACAAGGUUUAAAUGGGAUGUCAAAAAAUUUGAGCCUAAUUUCUCCAUCAGCCCAGAAGAAGGAUAUAUCACUACAGGCAUGGAGGUUUCUUUAGAAGUGACCUACCACCCCACAGAGGUGGGCAAGGAGAAUCUCUACAAAAACCUGCUCUGCUUCAUCCAGGGAGGCCCUCCUCUGAGCCUAACCCUGUCUGGAGUCUGCGUGGGACUACCUGCAGUGAAAGAGACGGUAAAUUUCACCUGCCAGGUGCGCUCCAAGCACACGCAGACCAUCCAGCUUUCAAAUCGCACCAACCAGACCUGGAAUCUGCACCCCAUCUUUGAGGGCGAGUACUGGGAGGGGCCCGAGUUCAUCACUCUGGAGCCCCAUCAGCAAAACAAGCCCUAUGAGAUCACCUACAAGCCCCGCACCAUGAACGUGGAGAACCGCAAGCACCAGGGCACCCUCUUCUUCCCCCUGCCAGAUGGAACUGGCUGGCUAUAUGCGCUGCAUGGGACUGCCGAGCCCCCCAAAGCCGUGGCCAAUAUCUAUCGUGAAGUGCCAUGUAAGACUCCCUACACUGAGCUCCUGCCAAUCACCAACUGGCUGAACAAGCCCCAGAGGUUCCGGGUCAUUGUGGAAAUGCUGAAACCAGAGAAGCCAGACCUAAGUGCCUCCUUAAAGGGCCUUGAUUACAUUGAUGUACUGUCUGGAUCCAAGAAAGACUACAAGCUGAACUUCUUUUCCCACAAGGAAGGACUAUACAGCGCAAAGGUGAUCUUCCGAAACGAGGUGACCAACGAGUUCUUAUACUACGUGACGAGUUUCAGGGUCAUCCCUUCAGGCGUCAUGAAAACCAUCGAGAUGGUGAGCCCCGUCCGGCAGAGCACAUCGGCCUCCGUCAAGGUGGAGAACCCCCUGCCCUACUCAGUGACCUUCGCCACGGAGUGCAGGGUGCCCGACAUCAACCUGCCCUCCCAGUUCGUGGUGCCCCCUAACUCAGAGGGCACAUUCUCAUUCGAAUUCCAGCCCCUGCGAGCUGGAGAAACCUUGGGGAGACUAGUUCUGCACAACAAUGAUCUGGGUUACUACCAGUAUGAGCUCAACUUGAAGGCUCUGCCAGCGCUGCCUGAAAAGCCCAUCCACUUCCAGACUGUUCUUGGCAGCGGCCAGAGCAUCUUUGCCAAGUUCAUCAAUUACACCCGGCAGAAGACAGAAUACUACUGCAAGUCCGACUGUGUAGACUUCCACACGGAAAAGGUCAUCAGCGCGGCCGCGGGGGCUCAGGGCGGCACGGAAAUCAGUGUGGAAGUCUAUUUCGAGCCCAGCCACCUGGGGGACACCAAGGGCACCCUGAGCCUGUCAUCCGUUGCAGGCGGAGAGUAUAUCAUCCCCCUCUUCGGAGUGGCUGUGCCCCCAAAGCCGCAAGGUCCCCUCCAGAUCCGAGCCGGGUACAACAUAGUCAUCCCCUUCAAGAAUGUCUUCUACCACACAGUCACCUACUCCUUCAUCGUGGAGCACCCAGCCUUCUCCGUGCGGGCCAUGGACUCUGUCCGGCCCAAGAAGAUCAACAACAUCACCGUCUACUUUGACGGAAACCCAUCCGGCAGCAAAACACCCAUUACCAGCAAGCUGAUCGUGUCGUGCCCUCCCGGCGAAGGCAGAGAAACAGGAGUUAAAUGGGUUUAUUAUCUGAAGGGGGUCACCCCUUAGUUGUAACCAGGGUCAAUUGCAUCCAGAAAAAGCCGUCUCCUCCACUUUAAUAUCUAUAUAUUGUUCUAGCCUGGUGAAUAGAGAAAAUAAUCAGAAUUCUAAAGGUUCUGUGUUAUCCUCCUCAUUCACUUCUGUCCAUAUUAUAUGUAUUCCGAAUACAUGAAUGAAAUAUAUAUUCCAUAUUAAAUGUGGUAACUAUACAAAACAGAGCUAUAUUUUACUUUGCAAGGGCAAGUCUCUGAAUUUGGUUUCUUAACAUACCCGCAAAGCUCAAGUACUAUGUAUGUAAUCCCCCUUUUUAA